AUGGCAUGCUUUCCGGCAUCCUUUCAUUUUGAUUGUUACUUUUUUUUUUCUUCUUCUUCUUUAUUACAGUUCUUUGAGGUUCCGUUUGACUCAAAUAUGAACAGGACAAAAAACAGACCACUGGUGCGAGGACAGAUCAGCCCCCUGCUCGCUGUCUGUUUUGCUGCCUCCUGCGGAGUCCCAGGAAUCGCCCUGCUGACGCUGGGAGUAAACCCUCUCACCGGGGCCCUGGGAGCCUUCAACAUUUUCUUGUACACGUGCUGCUACACCCCCAUGAAGAGAAUGAGCAUUGCCAACACGUGGGUGGGAGCUGUGGUCGGCGCCAUUCCUCCCGUCAUGGGCUGGACUGCAGCUACUGGUAGUCUCGAUGCUGGUGCGUUACUGUUAGGAGGAAUCCUCUAUUCCUGGCAGUUCCCUCAUUUCAACGCCCUGAGCUGGGGUCUGCGGGAAGAUUACUCCCGAGGAGGAUACUGUAUGAUGUCCGUCACCCACCCAGGGCUGUGCAGGCGGGUGGCUCUGCGUCACUGCUUGGCCUUAAUUGGACUCUCAACGGUGGCUCCUGUUCUCGACAUCACCACGUGGACUUUCCCCAUCGUUUCGCUCCCUAUCAACCUCUACAUCUCCUACCUCGGCUUUCGGUUCUACAGGGAUGCAGACCGCAGCAGCUCCAGGAAGCUCUUCUUCUGCAGUCUGUGGCAUUUGCCGAUGCUGCUGCUUGUCAUGUUCACGUGCAAGAAGUCGUUCCUAGAGAAGGAAGACAAAGGCGAUCUGCUCAGUGAAAGUCACGGGAGGGCUAUGGAAAUUAGAUUGCCUUAAAUGUCAGUUACUUGUCGUCCUCGUGACGCACGAGGUAGUAUAUUUUAGUCAUUACAAGUGGGAAACCUGGGGGGAUCUGUUUGGAGAAGGAUCAUUUGUUGUGCCUAGCGACCAAUUCUUGCGAUAAUUUUCUAUUUUCUUCUGAAAGAGAAUAGACACAAGAGCUUAAAGCAUUCAUGGCCUCAGGCUCACUCAUCACAGAUUAAAAUUUAGCCUAUGUCAGAAGCACAUCACUUUGGGAUGACCUUCCAAAGUCUCCAUGAGUCACGGUCUCUCCU